GACCACCCUGAUCAGCGCCAGUGGAGAGGAAAUGGCCACGAGGAAAGUGACGCGCUCCCUGUCCCAGGAUGAAGAUGAUGAUGACAUGGGAGCUCACAGCACCAGCGGAGAGCACGAAUACAACCUGCGCAGCCGCACUGUGGUCUGGGACUCGUGUGGACAGGCGGCGCCGACGGAGCGCUCCGGCGGAUUGGAAGGCCUUGGAGGACAUGCCUUCUUCAUGGGAACCAACGAGCCCAGACAGGUACUGGCCCGGUUCUACUGGUCCUUAUACAGCUCAACUGGUCCUCACUGAUGGGUUUUAUGAUGACGUAUUACAAACGAGGAGUUUAUUCCAGGUUAAAAUCAUAGGAAUGAAUCCAGUAAAAAAUUAGACCAAGUUGGUUAAAAUGUACUCAGUUUGGACUUGACUCCAAUGAACAGAUAAUUAAUGAUAAAAAAAUAAGAAA